CCGGCCACAGUGGCCAGUGGCCGCUAUACGAUUCGAAGGUUUCGAUACCAUCUCGAGGCCCAUGGUAGGCAUGUCGGCGGCGUAGGCUCCACCGCACCGAUAACAUAACACCCUCCCACCACAAUAUUAUAAGCUGACCUUGAUCGGCUGAUAAUCCGUCGUGUGGCGCUAUCGCAAUUCGCAAUACCUAUUACCUACUCAGUACUCACACUUCUCAGUYGUUCAAUGUUUUUUCUGUUGAACCCUGGAGUGGUCGUCGUGUUCGAAAGUCAGCCAUUUGAGCGAUUACCGAUCACAUUGCCUUAACCACGACGAGGCUACGAUCAGUAUUUGCCUAUCCUCAUCGCGGCUCCAAUUCUUCACCGACAUCAGUUCAUCCGUGGUAAAACAACAUUGUUUGAUCAUGCAAUCAUCAGUUCAGUCGUGUUCCAGGUUUCCGACACCGAGGACUAAUUGUUUAUUUUGUUUUUGAAACACUUCAGUCGUUGUGAAGGUCAAUUUGUACACUUUUAUAUGUUGAAAUUACGUCUUGUAUCAACACAUUUCCUAAAGCAACCAUAAACGCCUCAAAAUGUGCAAUGAUUGGGAUAUGAUUAUUUAAAUCAUAUAUUAGUAUAAAUUUGAAUUUUAAAACUGUGUCAAGCUGUUUAAAUUACUACAGUGGUUUGAAGGGUUCACCCAGAGUUUGAAUUGCGUGAAAAUGAAACUAACCUUGUGUUGUAGUGACACACAUAUGCUUAGUAAGCAGAUUGAAAAAAAAUUUGCGAUGCUAUUAGAAGAAUAUAAUUCAGAAAAAUUAAUUUUGAUUGGUAUGCCGUUGGAAAAAUUGCCGUUGAAUUGUGACGGGUUACCACUUAUUGUAGAAAAUAUAAAAGAUUAUAUAAUUAACAAAGAAAAUCUGUUAUUUUUAGGAUUAUAUGAAGAAUUUCUAUUUGAUGAAGCAUAUUCUCUUAAUGUGCGUAAACCCAAUAUUAUAAAUGCUUAUGAAUUAGUAAGUGGUUCAAGGAAAAAUUGUAAAACAAUCCUAGAUAUUGAUGCAGUAGAUGUUGCAUCAGUGUUGAUUAUGUGGCUUUACUACUUACCAAAACCGUUGAUAUCCUCAAUACAAUUUUCAAUGAUUUGUGAUCUCAAUGUCAAUAAAAAAUACAGUGAAAUUAUUAUGUCCAUGGACAAUAUAUGCAAACUAACUUUACAAGGAGUAAUGAAUAUUGUGGAUUCUUAUGAGAAGCAACACAAGUCACACAAGGAGAAACUAGUAAUUCUUUUUACAAUGCUUUUGACAAAACAUAUGGAUCUAACUUGUCAAAAUAAUUCUUCACAAUUUUUAGACAAUUUAAAGAUUGUUUUGAUGGUAGCAGAAGUAAAUUAUGAUGAAUCGGAAUAUGUUAGUUUCAAUAAAAAAUCUUUAAAAAUAAAAUCUUACACAAAUCAAGAUGAAAAUGAGUUUAAUAAAUAUAAUCUUUGUAGCAAGAAUAAUUUGUUUAGCAGGUCGUUCAGUGAUCAUGGAUUACACAUAAAAGCUGGCAUGGAUGAUGUUGAUGCAACACUGAAUUGUUCAUCUUUGAUAAAAUCAAGUAGCUGUGACCUGACUGAAUUAUUUUCUGAAGAGGACAUUCAUUAUAAUAACCCAUUUAUCCAUAGUUUGUCAUAUGAUAAGAACAAUCUAUAUCCUAAAUCAGUUGAUAAAUUUCCGGAUAGUAAUUCUUAUGGUAGUUCCAUUUGUGUUACUAAUGAGUUAUUAAGUUCCCAAAUUGAUGACAUGAGAAGUAUAGAAAGGACCAUGCAGAUUCAUUCCAAAACUACCAUGAAACAAACAAAAAAUAAAUCUAUUAAAAAUCAUGUAGAAAGGGUUUUAAAGUCAGGAUUUUUAUCAAAUGAAGAAAGUUUGCUGUUGAAAAACACGUUAGAACUUAUGAAGAUAUUAUCAAAAAUUAAAAGUGUUCAAAAUCAAAUUAACAUUCAUAGGAGAAAUAGAGAAGAUGAAUUUGGUAGUGAAAAUGAAAAAACCAACAAACGUUUUUCAGAAUUACAUUUUUUAAAUAAUCGCCUUGAGCUAUUAGCUAAUCAGAAAAAUAAUUAUUUAACCAAAACUGGAUUAUCAUAUGGUAGAUCAUACAACCGUACAGUUUUAAAUCUUAAAAAUGCCCAAAAAGAAGCUUUUAAGUUAUACGAAAAUAAGAAAAAUAACAUGAAAAAUCCAAGCGAAAACUUUGAUAAAUUAAUUUCUGAUAUUUACAAUAUUCAAAUAGUUCUUGAUUAUUUGGAAAACAAUUGUGGUGGUAAGGAAUUGCCAUGGAGGUCAAGCAACGGAUGUCCAGGUCACAAGAAAAUGAAAAAAAAACAGUUGAACUGUGUAACUGUUGUGUCUGAUUUACAAACUAUUGGUGAGCAUGAAGUUAUGGAAACGGUAGCCCAACCAUUACUUAAAUCAGUGGGAAAGUAACGUGGUCUACUAAGCUCAAGUCUGUUAAGAAGUGUUGUUAAAUUUUUUUUUGUAUAUAAAUACAAAUUCUUAGUAAGAAUAAAAUUUCAAAACCAUUUUAUGAUUACUAUAAAAUACUAUUUUGAUAAUCCUAACUAAAAUUUCUAAUAUCAUUUGAGACUUAAUUAUAACUGGUGCCUUUAAUAAUUUAACUGAUUUUCUAC